AAUUGAAACGGAGAUGAUCGGAAACGCGGAAAACCGUGACCGCAAGAUCGGUGAUGCGGAAACCGGGCAAGGUAGAGGGAAUCUUGUCAACAAAUUCAGGCUCGGACAAACGUCGUAACGAAUGCCUCUAAUGGUCGUGUAUACAGUCGACGAUAUGGGCUCGAUGAAUUGUUUGCAGACGGUCGCUCAAAUUCCUGAGACAAAAAAUUCGGAUGGCAAAACAACUCGCGGUUCGUCUUAAAACAGCGAUACAUCGUAAAAGCAUCUACGCAGAACUAUCUACAAAAACGAUAAGAUCGAUCCAAAUUUCUCUCACGAAACAUGAUCGAAGAUAAUGUAUAGAGCAAGAUAAAUCGGGAUGGUGAGAGAUCGACGUUAUGAUACUGCGCUUCAAGAUUUUCCGACUUUGAAAGACAGCACGACAAGUUGAUAUCUGAUAACAAAGUUGACAAACUUGAAGAACGCGGAGUGCUCUUCGAGCAGAGUUGAAGAUAAAUAAAAGAAGAAAGGGAGGAGCUCGCGAGAAUGGUAACGUAAAGAGACGAGCGCCAGUCGCAAAAUCGGGGAAGAAAGUAGAAAAUUGUGAGGCUGAACGAUGGGAAUAAGUUCGACGGAGACGACGGCAAUGGUCGUUUCCGAUUAUUACGAUGCUGGUAGAUUCAGCUUGCAGAACUUCAGCAACAGCAGCAACAGCGGACUGCUCGAAUGCGGUCAGCAGACCAAUACCAAUGGCCUGCCCGACUUCAUUAUUUAUGGUAUAUUUGUCAACCUGAUUGGCCUCUUCGGGAUUUUCGGAAAUGCGAUAUCGAUGAUCAUCCUAUCGCGCCCGCAAAUGAAAUCGUCCAUUAAUUAUCUGCUGAUUGGACUUGCCAGAUGUGACACAGUGCUCAUCAUCAUUGCAGUGUUAAUCUACGGAUUGCCAGCAAUCUACACGUAUACAGGCGCAUUAUUCGACUAUAAAUUUAUUGUUUAUCCGAAGAUCAUCAGGUAUCUAUAUCCGCUGGCCUGCAUUGCGCAAUUUGUGACGGUAUACCUGACGUUAACGGUGACUUUAGAGAGGUACAUCGCGGUCUGCCAUCCAUUGAAAGCCAGAUCCUUUUGCACUUAUGGUCGGGCUCAAGUGGCUGUGCUGGUCAUAGUGAUCUUCGCCUUUAUUUACAAUCUACCCAAAUUUUGGGAAAUCGAGGUGUACAACGAGAAGCAUUGGAAGUAUAAUAUUACGGUGUACUGUGUUUAUCCAACCGAACUGAGAAGCAACGAAUAUUAUGUUACCCUGUAUAUUCAUUGGAUGUACUUCUUCGUAUACUACAUGAUCCCAUUCAUCAUGCUGGUGAUUUUUAAUACGGCCAUUUAUCGACGGGUGAGUAACGUCAGAAAGGCGAACAGAGACUUGCAGCAGCUGUCACGUCACCAGCGUCGCGAGAUCGGCCUGGCGACGAUGUUGCUGUGCGUGGUGGUCGUGUUCCUGAUCUGCAACAUCCUGCCGAUGGUCUCGAACGCGCACGAGACCUUCAUCGCGGAUCCGCCGCAGUGGAUGGUGCAGAUCGGCAAUCUACUGGUGACCAUCAACAGCAGCAUCAACUUCAUCAUCUACGUGAUCUUCGGUCGGAAGUUCAAGAGGAUAUUUCUUAAGCUCUUUUGCUCGUCCAGACUGUUCGUGCCCGGCCGGGACAGUCCGGAGUUCCAGACGUACGACGAGUCGAUCGUCACCAACACGACGAACAUCGAAUUAAGAAAUUCGAUCAGGCAUGGCCACUUAAAUCGCGCCAACACCAUCAGUUCGAACAACAACGUACACAUGUCCAACGGCAUCAGGCAGAGUCUAAAGAGCGGCAGACCUGCCAGUCCCGGUUCCUGCGUCUAUUACCCAGGCAAGAAUCCAGCAAGAAGUCCCAGUCUGAUGUCGAGAAUGUCGAACGGUCGCAAUAGCUGGAAGAAUAGGAGAGAGAAUGGCGAUUCCACGCUAUAAUGAGCAGCGACUAUACUGUUCUUCGCGCUAAUUAUGCAGUUAGAAGUCUGUGCUGAGUGUAUUAGUCAAGAUAUUCUAUUGAUUGGCAGGUUGAAAAAGAAGGUGAAAUGGCAAUUCCAAUGCUAAUGAACAACAAAUGUCAGUCUUUUUAUAUCUGUCAUCUUGUCAGACGUCAAUUGUGUAUCUCAAUUGAGGUCAAUCAGAAUUGAUGAGGCAAGAAGAAGAAUAAUGGCUCUAUAUUGUAACUUAUGAUACAUAAUUAUUAGUCGUGUUUUUCCAUUUAUUUGAUUUGAUGAUUUGAUGAUCCAGUUGACAGCAUCAUUUUAAUAUGGAGGACAUCAAAAUGGACCACUCCGAUGUAAAGAGUAAUAAAUAUUAUUACAUGACACUUUUCUGUAUUAUUUAAGACAUCGUUAGACAUAGUUGAAAUUGAAGCAAGAAUACAUUCGGAAGAGAUAGAAUGAGCAAUAGGUUGAUCAGUUUAUGCCAUAAUAGACCAAUAUGGAUUUAUUUUUUACCUUUAUUCGAUCAAGAAUCUUAUUAGAAAUUUUAGCCGAAUAUGAAGACAAUCCACAAAUCGCAAGAAAGACUGCGAAAAAGACCAGCGAAUAACGCAGCGAACAACCAUAUAUUAAUGCUUUUCACAUAUAAUUCUCGUAGCUAUCUUAGUAGUUUCAAGGAAAUGUCCAGAACGGCUCUAUCUGGAGAGGCUAAAAUAAGAUGAUUCAGCGCUGCAGUGGACAAUCGAUAUUAUUGUACCCUUGGGAAGCGGCUUGGAUCAAUCCUUACGUCUGGAUACUGUAAUCCCACGGGACGGCACGACUUCGAUAUAAAGGAAAACGAUCGUUAAGGAUAACAGUUCUCGCAUUUCCUGCCACGAAAGAGCUCAGAAAGCCACGUCUCUUGCAACGAUGACCUUUCAAGUGAUUCGUUGAAAGUUCCGUCUUGCUUUGAAAUAAUCUAGUCGGACGUUAAA